UUUUAUCUGUUUGUUUAUUGCUUUAGACACGCAUGCUUUUGCCUCUAAUAAAUACAGAGGUUUGGAGAGGUUCAAGAGCUCUCUGAAAUGAAAAGUCUCUCCUCCUGCUUCAGAUGGAGACUGUGGUCUGGAGCAUUCUUCAUUGCACCGUGACACUGGUAGAGACCCGGGUGGAUCUCUACACCCCUGGAGAUCUUGUUGGUGCCAGCUCACCCAGGGGGCCUGGAAAUUCCUUGGGAUGCAGUGCAAGGCCUCAGCCUGUCCACAGGGUACCUGGACCCACCUGGCCUUUGCUCCACUGGGCUCUCGGUGGUGUCUGCGUCCACAGGCAGAUUGGCUGAAGGUAGACAGGGUGGUCACCCAGGAGUAACUAUCCACCAUCUCUCUAGCCUCAGCAUUUUACCGCCCACAAUAAAGAGGCAUAGAAGGGUUUAGCAACCGAACUUUGCAGUUUCAAGGUCCAGGACUGCGCUGGAGUCAAGCUGGUGUUCCAGGAGUGGCUUGGUAGGUGCAGCGGGAGGCAGCGCCAGCCCCCAGACCCAUCUUCCUGGAGAAUCCGCACAUGAGGGUGCAGCCAUGGCCUGGCGUCCUGGGGUGGUAGCCACAGGAGGGUCCAGGAGAGGAGGUCCCUGAGUCUGCAGUAACCACUUCCAGCUCUUUUGUGAGGACCCUGACUCUUGCCCAAGGACAGUGCUCUGGCUGGCAGGACAGAUUGCAGGAUAAGGGAUCCAUCCAGCAGUCUCAGUUUACAGGAGUGCUUGUGCUGUCUCCCUACUGCCUGCUCCCCCAGCCGUAAUCCUCCGGUGAGAUUGGGAUCAGAGUGUCUCCACGCCCCUGUUAUCUCCCUCCUUGGCGUUCCUGCUCCUCAAGUUACAGUCACGUGCUCAGGGAACCAGCAAACACACCUGGCUGGUCCUCACCAGCUUUGAUGAGCUCAGCAGAUAACACAAGGUCUAUGCCUGCGCUGAAUGAAGCUGCGAGCAGGUGGCUCCCGCACCCACCCGCCCCCACCCGAGCUGAAUUCCUGUGUGGAGAAUGGAGGAUGGACCACCCCGGGGGAGUCAGGUUCCUAGAUCCUUCCAACGUCAUUUUCCUGCGCUGGGACUUUGACCUUAAGGCUGAAGUCAUCACUUUUGAGCUCCAAGUCCGGACAGCUGGCUGGGUGGGCUUGGGUGUCACAAGUCGCUACACUAGAGCGGGAAGUGAUCUGGUUGUUGGAGGAGUCUUGCCCGAUGGCAAUGUCUAUUUUUCGGACCAGCACCUGGUAGACGAAGACACCCUGAAAGAGGACGGGAGCCAGGAUGCUGAGCUGCAUGGGCUGACGCAAGACGCUGUCUACACCACCAUGCGCUUUUCCAGGCCCUUCCGCUCCUGCGACCCCCAUGACCAGGACAUCACGGCUGACACCAUGAGGGUGCUGGCCGCCUACGGCCUGGAUGACACUCUGAAGCUGGAUCGGGACCGUACCUUUGUCAAGUCCAUCUUCCUGUUACAAGUAGUCCACCCUGACGAUCUGGACGUCCCUGAGGACACCAUCAUCCAUGACUUGGAGAUCACUAAUUUCCUCAUCCCAGAGGACGACACCACGUACGCCUGCACGUUUCUCCCUCUCCCCAUCGUUAGCAAGAAGCAUCACAUCUACAAGUUUGAGCCCAAGUUAAUGGCCCGCAACGAGACGAUGGUGCAUCACAUCCUGGUGUACGCCUGCGGCAACGCCAGCACCCUCCCGACCGGCAUCAGCGACUGCUACGGGGCCGACCCUGCCUUCUCCCUCUGCUCGCAGAUCAUCGUGGGCUGGGCUGUCGGCGGCACAAGUUACCAGUUUCCAGAUGACGUGGGCAUCUCUAUUGGGACCCCCUUGGACCCUCAGUGGAUCCGACUGGAGGUUCAUUACAGCAACUUUCACAACCGUCCUGGUGUGUACGACUCCUCAGGCAUUCGCAUGUACUACAGCUCUCACCUGCGCAAAUACGACAUGGGCGUCCUCCAGCUGGGCUUCUUCACUUUCCCCAUCCACUUCAUACCCCCGGGCUCUGAGUCCUUCAUGUCCUACGGGCUGUGUAAGACGGAGAAGUUUGAAGAGAUGAACGGGGGCCCCGUGCCCGACAUACAGGUGUAUGGCUACCUGCUGCACACCCACCUGGCGGGGCGGGCUCUGCAGGCCGUGCAAUACAGAAAUGGAACACAACUCCAAACCAUCUGCAAAGACGAUUCCUAUGACUUCAACCUGCAGGAGACUCGAGAUCUACCUGCCCGCGUGGUGAUCAAGCCGGGAGAUGAGUUGCUGGUGGAAUGUCACUACCAGACACUGGACCGUGACUCCCUGACUUUCGGAGGUCCCAGCACCAUUAAUGAGAUGUGCCUCAUCUUCCUCUUCUACUAUCCCCGAAAUAACAUCUCCAGCUGCAUGGGGUACCCCGACAUCAUCUACGUGGCCCACGAGCUGGGGCAGGAGGUAUCCGACUCCAUGGAGGGCAUGAUGGCCAUGAACAACGUCGAGUGGACCCCAGAGAACAUCAAGAAGGCGGAGAAAGCCUGCAGGGAGGCCAGGCAGACGGUGCUAAUAAAGACCAUUGACGAGGUGGUGGAAAACACAACAGGCUGGAUUCCGGACAUCACCCCUACUCCUCGGGGGCCCUGCUUGGAGUCCUCUGGAGGCAAAGUGGAGCCCCAGGACAAGACCCCCGCAGGCUUCAGGGCUGCACCGGUGGCCCUCUCCAGCUCCGGCCCGGCCGCCCUGCGGCGCCUGCCCCUGGCGGCCCACUUGCUGGUGCAGGGCGCCCUCUCCUGGCUGCUGGGCAGGCUGCACACGGGAGGCUGAUUCUGCCUCACACACACACACACACACACACA